AGUGAAAUGAAAGCCAUCAUCCAAAUCAAUUCCAAUUGAAACAGAGACAGAAAAGAUGGAAAGAUAUUACAAAUUUGUAGUACUUUUUUUGGUGUUGAUUCAAAUUGCACAAAUAUGUUUGUGUGCAAAUUCAAACUUCCCCUGCAUAGAACAAGAGAGGCAAGCUCUUCUCGAUUUCAAAGCAUCUAUUUCAUAUGAUUCACCAAACAAGCUUUCAUCAUGGAAAGGCACUCAUUGUUGUCAAUGGGAAGGUAUUGGCUGUGACAAUGUUACUGGACAUGUUGUCAAGCUUGAUCUCAGGAAUCCUUGUUACCACUCACCAUCUUGGCGGCCACAACUACACUAUUUUGACGACAACGCGCACAUUUUGGAAGAUGAUAUGCCUUGUUUGCUGGUAAUUGCUUCAAAUGUGAGCUCAUCUUUGUUGCAAUUGGAACACUUGACUUAUUUGGAUUUGGCUGGAAAUAAUUUCAGUUGGAGUCCAAUUCCCGUGUUCAUUGGUUCUAUGGGACGCCUUGAGUAUCUCUCCCUCUCUGCAGCUCGUUUUAGUGGGAAAAUUCCCAAUAGUCUCGGCAAUCUCAGGAACCUAUACUAUCUUGAUCUCAGCUUCAAUCACUAUGUCUAUUACUCUCCCUCUUUGAGUCGCAUGAUUGUAGAGAGAGAAUUACAAAUGAAUGGUGACAUCAGUUGGAUAUCGAAACUCCAUUCACUCAAACACCUUGACUUGAGUGAUAUUCGCCUCAAUGAAACACACAACUUGUUCCAGGUACUCAAUACACUUCCUUCCUUGUUAUAUCUUUCCUUGUCUGAUUGUGAAAUUGACAAUUCACUCAUUCCUCGUCAUGCUUUCCGAAACAUGACAUCUCUUGUCUAUCUUGAUCUCUCAUCGAAUGAGCUUCAUGGUCCAAUUCCUGAGUCUUUUCAAAACAUGACUUCUAUGGAAUCACUUUAUCUUUCUUUCAACAAUUUCACUUCUAUUCCAUCAUGGUUCACUGGCUUUGAGAAACUUACCCUUCUUGACCUUUCUUACAAUGGGCUUCAUGGUCCAAUUCCGGAGGUGUUUCGAAACAUGACUUCCAUUGAAUCACUCUAUCUUUCAAAAAAUAGUUUAACUUCAAUUCCACCAUGGCUUGCUGAGUUGAGGAGACUUGUGCACCUUAACCUUAGGUGGAAUCAACUAACACUUAAAGAAUGUUUUCUAUCAUCAAUCAUAACAAACAUGUGCCACCUAAAACAAUUAGAUUUAUCAAGAAACAAGCUUCAAGGGGAAUUAAUGGGACACUUUGAAUUAUCUGGUUGCAAUACAUAUGAUUUGGAGGUACUGAAUUUAGGGUGUAAUGAUAUAAGUGAUCGCCUGCCAAAUUGGUUGGGCCAACUUGAAAAGCUAAAGUACCUUGGUGUUUUUUCAAAUUUUCUCCAUGGACCUAUCUUCCCGUCUAUAGGAAAGAUGCCAAAGUUGCAAGGGCUAGAUCUUUCCAAUAAUGCAUUGGAAGGGGUCAUUUCAAGUAAUAUUGGACAACUUGUCAAUUUAACUUACAUUGAUCUUUCUUCUAAUAAAUUGGAUGGUUCUAUUCCUCAAAGCUUAGGGAAACUUGAAAAUCUACAAUCUCUUAUUCUUUCAAAUAAUUCCUUUAAUGGACUCAUUCCUGAAAAUCUUGGUCAACUUGUCAAUUUAUAUGACUUAGAUCUUUCUUCUAAUAAAUUAGAUGGUUCUAUUCCUCAAAGCUUAGGGAAACUUGAAAAUCUUAAAGAUCUUUAUCUUUCAAGCAAUUCUUUUAAUGGAUCCAUUCCUGAAUUUUUUGGUGAACUUGUCAAUUUGAAUCAUUUGGAUCUUUCUUCUAAUAAAUUUCAUGGUUCAAUCCCUAAAAUCCUAGGGAAACUUGAAAAUCUUUAUUCUCUUGAUCUUUCAAGCAAUUCUUUUAAUGGAUCCGUUCCUAACUUUUUUGGUCAACUUGUCAAUUUGAUUUAUUUGGAUCUUUCUUCUAAUAAAUUUCAUGGUUCAAUCCCUAAAAUCCUAGGGAAACUUGAAAAUCUUUAUUCUCUUGAUCUGUCAAACAACUCUUUUAAUGGAUCCAUUCCUGAAAGUCUUGGUCAACUUGUCAAUUUGAAUUAUUUGGAUAUUUCUUCAAACAAGUUGGAUGGAAUAAUGUCUAUGAAAGAUGGUUGGCAUUUAAAUUUGAGGAAUUUGAAUCUCUCCCAUAAUCAAAUCACUGGUUCACUUCCAAAAAACAUUGGUCAUGUAAUGUUGUCUUUGGAAAACUUGUUUCUAGAAAAUAACCACUUAAAUGGUUCAAUACCAACCUCUUUGUGCCAAUGUCAACUGAACAACCUUGACCUUUCAAACAACCAUUUGUCCGGUGAAAUUCCAAAUUGUUGGAAGGAUAAUCAAAAAUGGUCCGAGAUAAAAUUGUCAUCCAACAAACUAACUGGAGCAUUUCCAAGCUCAUUCGGGAAUCUUUCAUCGUUGGUUUGGUUGCAUUUGAACGAUAAUAACCUUCAAGGAGAGUUUCCAGCGUCUUUCAUAAAUUUGACGCAAUUGUUGAUUUUAGAUCUUGGUGAGAAUCAACUCUCUGGUAGUAUACCAUUAUCAUGGGAAGCAAACACUUUCCCUUCCCUGCAAAUUCUUAGACUGCGACAAAACAUGUUGAAUGGUAGUAUUCCUUCACAACUAUGCCAACUUAAAUCACUCAAAAUUUUGGACCUUUCCAGAAACAAAUUACAAGGUUCAAUACCUCAAUGCAUAGGAAACCUUAAAGGAAUGACAAUGGAAAAAUCAAUAUCAUCAUCAGCUCCCAUACAAGCUUUUGCUUUGGCUCCUGGAUCUGAAUGGUCUGAUCAAGUUGUCACAGAAGUUGUGAAAGGAGUGGAACUCGAGUAUACAAAAAUAUUGAAGCUUGUAGUCAAUAUGGACUUGUCACAAAACAAUUUGAUUGGAUUUAUUCCUAAUGAAAUUACUUGGCUCACAGGACUACAUUUCUUGAACUUGUCAAAAAAUCAAUUGAAAGGAGAGAUUCCUCAAUUGAUAGGAGACAUGAAAUCACUAGAAUCUUUGGACAUGUCUCAAAACCAACUUUCAGGAACAAUUCCAAACACCAUGUCUGCUUUAACUUCAUUGAGUCAUUUAAACUUGUCGCACAAUAACCUUUCAGGACCAAUUCCCAAAGAUAAUCAGUUUUUGACUCUUGAUGACCCAUCUAUUUAUGCUUACAAUCCAUACCUUUGUGGAUCUCCACUCCCAAAUAUGUGUCCCGGUGGUAUUUCACAUGAAACUCCUGAAAGCAAAGGUGAUGAAGAUGACAAUGAGGUAGAAAAAGUAUUGUUCUAUUUUGUCAUAGCACUUGGUUUUGCAACUGGCUUAUGGGGAUUUAUUGGCACUUUGUGGUUGAAGAAGAAUUGGAGACAUGCUUACUUCAGAUGGGUGGAAGAUGUUGCUGACAAGAUUUAUGUGGCAUUUGUAAUUAAAGUGGCAAAGAUAAAGAAGAAGAUGAUGAGAAACCAUGUCCACUAGUGAUUAUAUGUUUAUGUUUCUUGUUUGUUUAUUUAUGUUUUCCUCAAUGUUUUCCAUUUUAGAUCAUAAAGAAUAAUAAGGUUCAUACCACUCUUUGUAGUUACUUUCUUGUGAUAUAUUUGAUAAUAGAUCAGACAAAUAUAAGUAUUUGAAUAA